AUUUUGACAGUUGUAUUUUGUAAGGUUAUAUUUCCAUUAACAUAUUUGUGUGAAAUUGUUAACUUUUAAGAGAAGAGAUUCGUGAUCUUCUCUCUCAACUGUGACCGCGAAUUACAUAAUUGCAAGAAUUGAACGGAAAUGUCUCAGGCCCCAGUAAAAGUCUCACCACUUAUCAAAUUCGGCAGAUGGUCUUUUUUGGUAUUAGGCGUAGCCUAUGGUGCUUUCAAUCAAAGUCGCUUGUCGAAGAAGGAAGCGAAAAUACGCGAGAUUGAAACUCAACAAAAGAUUAUUCGUGAUGCUAAAUUAGCCGAGGAAAAGAAACGCAAUGCUGAGGCAGAAAUUCGAGCAUUGGAAGCCUUGGCUGGCAUUAAGAAAUAGAUAUUUUCCUUACAUUUUAUAAUCUUCGUUAAUUUUCAAUAAUAAUUAAAAAUCAUAUAAAUAAUCAACGGAAUUCAUAUAUAAAAA